AUGGAACUGAAGUGUACCUUCAAGGGAUGGCCUCGUCCUCGUGUAGUUUGGUACAAUCCAAGUAACAAACAAAUCAUCAACGGAUCUGAAGGUUUUUACAUCUCAGAACAGCUGGAGCGAGAGGAUACCUUAAUUUCCCUUCUCCGUAAUGCUGAUAUCCAAGAAAAACACCGAGGGGCUUAUAAAUGCACUGGAAUGAACAACAUUACCAACUGGUCGAGUAGAAAAUCAGGGUAUAUUGACCUGAAUUAUCGCUGUGAGUCAUUUAAUUUCUUAUUUCUAAUACAACACACGGAUUCGCAAAACUACCUCCUUUGAAGCAGGUUCAUAAAAAACAUAAUACCAUGUUUCCCCUGUAAGCAAUGGAAAGUAUCCCAUUAAGACUAAGAGAGACAGCUCAUUGUCUCUUGACUUAGACGGAAUUAAAUAUUGGCUGUUUCAUAUUUCAAACAACAGAUUAACUUAUUCCAAACUGAAUUUUAAAAAAUACAACUGAAAAUUUCGUGCCACCUUCCUCCUCCAUUCAGAAUAAAUGGACCCUGGAAUUUUUGUUUGUUUACCCCUCGGGUACAAGGGAUAAGUAAAUAAGUUAAUAAAUAAAUAAUGAUUUAGUGGCGCUAGCUCAUCCACAAAGUGGUUCUUUGUCUACCAUUCUGGCUCAAAUUUGCCUUGCGCAGUUGGCGGGAUUAACGUGGGAGUGAUUUGUUGUUUUGGUGGCAAUGGCGGAAUAAGGGUGAGAACCAACAAAACUCAACCUGGCCGGCCACAUAUUAAGUUGCCUGAGGAAUCAAGCACAGGACAGUCAUUAAUGAGAGGGAAGUGUUCUCACCUGAAAUUCAGUAGAACCUCUAUAUAAAGAAGUCCUAGGUAUAAUUCACAAUUAUUCCACUUAUUCCACGAGUGUGCAUUAGAUAUAAGAUGGUAGGGGAGCCAACGAGACGCGUAGCACCGAGUUGGCUUUAAUCAUCUCAUAUCCAACAAGUGCGAGUGGAAUAAUUAUUCUAUUAAAAACGCCCACAAAAUAUCGAGAAUUCUUCCCGACUUUAUUUGUAAACCAACCCACUUUCAUCUUGUUUUUAAUUUUGAGCAGACGCGUACAGUUACAAUAUUUAAAGAGCAUGGUAUAACGGCUCAUAUACCAUGAUGGCUAAGCCAAUCAGAGCUCUAGAAUUGCAUUAUCCAAUGAUUCAAUUUUUAAUAAUAAGCGAUAUUCUCCUCCCCAGAAAUAAUACAGUCAAACCCCGUAAAUCCCAACACUGAAGGGGCCGUACUGAGAAAGAGUCCGUAUUAACAGGGUGACCUUAUUAAGCGGGUAGAAAAUGAAAGGGCGUUCUGUCCCCAGGGACAAAGCAAACUGUCCGUAACAAUGAGAUGUCUGUACACCGUAAUUUUUAGGGAGUUAUUAUAACUCCAAAAAUGGAGUAAAAAUUUUAGGUACAGGAUAACCCCUUUUUUGGGGUUAUUUUAACUCCUAAUUUAACUCCGAAUUUGGGGUCAUUUUUACUCCUGAAAAAGAGUUCUUUUUACUCCCAGUCUUGGAGUUAAAAUUACUCUGAAAUGGGGUUACUUGUACUCCUUACAGGGGUUGUUUUUACUCUUUUUGGAGUUAAUUUAACUCUGAAAGUGGAGUAAAAAUUUUAGGUACAGGAUAACUCCUUUUUUGGGGUUAUUUUAACUCCUCAAUAUCUGGGGUCACUUUUACUCCUGAAAAAGGGUUCUUUAAACUCCUUUUUGGAGUUAAAAUAACUCCACGAAAAAUAACUCCACUGUCAGGAGUUAAAUUAGCCCCACUAGAGGAGUUAUUAUAACUCCCUGAAAAUUACAGUGUAUUGAGCGGGUUUCCAGACUUAAGCAGGGUUUGACUGUACAAUAAAUAAAAGGAACCUUAAUAUAACGGAACUUCUUUAUAGUGAACAUAUUUUGCCACUACUUUGGGUCUUCGUUCAGCUGUUCGUUAUAUCGAGAUUCCAAUGUAAAGUGUUAUGUUGUUGUUAAAAAGAGAAAACGAGACGCCGAAUAGAUACUGAAAUCAACCCUUAGUAGCACAGGCCAUAUUGGUGGGAGGUAAGAGAAGAUCAACCGUUCGCUGGAGCGUCUUUAAAGACGGCGUGACGUGAGACAACUCGCAAAGGAACCAGUGGGAUAAACAAAAUCAACACGUGAAAACUCCAAAGCGUUUUGAUGCCCCAUAUAUUGUCACAAAUACUCAGGAGGGGAGGGUAAGAGUAAGAAUGUUACCCCCUACGGUUGCACAAAAUAUGGUAACGAUUUUCAAAUAAUAUUUGCUCAUUAUAUCUUUUUAUCAUCUAAUACAGGUCUCUUGCCUAAGGCUCCGAAGAUUUCUUCUCGCGAGGUUUCGGUGACAGCCUACUCCAAUGUCAGUUUAAAGUGCGAAGUAGGUGUUAGGCCAAGCGACUGUUGGGACAAUUCUUUACAGUGGUAUUUUAACAACAGCUCAGGGGAAUUAAAAUUUGGUGAAAAGUAUGAUAUACAAGAAAGGAAAACCAACACCAGAUGCAAAAAAGAUUUCAUUCUCACCAUUGUUAACGUUACUGAAGAAUACCGGGAAUGUAUAAAUGUCAGUGGCUCUGCGACCAUGACUACCCCAUCUUUUCCAGGUCUUCAAUUAUCCAGUUGA